AUGUCUGUCACCUACGCAAAAGGUCCAGACCCAGCGGCCUCUAUCGCUAGAGAAAGAGCCCAAACCAACUUUGAUCUCGAUGUUAUGAACAAUUUCUUGGAGGGUGGUAGUGAACAGGCUGCCUUGGUCAAGAGCAUUUACCUCCAAUUCGAACGUGACCCUAUCAUCGCCACGUCCACUGCCGUUUACGACCUUUCCAAGGAUCAAAAGCGUGAGCUCACAGCUAAGAAGAUUGCCCGCAUGGCCCAGUACUUGGAAAAUGACACCCCUGAAGUGUUCUCUAAGCGUUUUCAUUUGAUUUGCACCUUUGAUCCGCAGACUGCUGCUAUGCUUCAUAUCCACAUGGGGUUGUUCUACAACUGCAUUCGUGGGAACGGUACGGAAGAACAGUUUCGGUAUUGGAUCACCACCAAGGGCGCCUCGAAGAUGAGGGGGAUCUACGGGUGUUUUGCCAUAACCGAGCUUGCCCAUGGUUCCAACAUUGCUGGCUUGGAAACCACCGCCACUUUUGAUGUCGGUACCGAUGAGUUUGUCAUCAACACCCCCCAUGUGGGUGCUACCAAGUUCUGGACGGCUGGGGCAGCUCACACCUCUACCCACUGUUGCGUUUAUGCCCGUUUGAUCGUGGAGGGCGUGGACCACGGUAUCAAGACCUUUGUGGUGCCCUUGAGAGAUUCCAACCACGAUUUGAUGCCGGGUGUCUCUGUGGGUGACGUCGGCGCCAAGAUGGGCGUAGACGGUGCUGACAUCGGAUGGAUUCAGUUUAGCAGCGUUCGCAUUCCUCGUGCCUAUAUGUUGGCUAAGUGGGACAAAGUUGAGAGAAACGGUAAGGUGCAUAAUUCUCCAUUGUCCCAAUUGGCAUACUCUGCACUUUUUCCGGGGAGAGUCUCCAUAGUUUAUGAUUCCUUCAGAAGUGGGGCCCGUUUCGUGACCAUUGCAUUGAGAUACGCCGUCGCCAGAAGACA